UGUUGGAACCUGACCAGUGGGUGUGACAGUUUAUGGAAAAUGGCUAGCUGGGGAAGUGUUGCUGGAAUUUUGAGAAACUUUUUGAGGAGACCUUGGUCGUACAGAUCGCUGCAUCGUGCCUUGGGACCUGGCAUUUUGGGGUCUCUCGUUGGAAGCGGACUGAUAUAUUAUCACUAUGAACCGAGCAAGAGGUUUUUGCCCUAUACCGUUCAUGCCGAGGAGGAAAAGUUGCUUCCAGUGUUGCAGCUGUCUGCCAGACGGAUGUGCUUCAACCAGUUUGCUUCCAUGACGUACAAUGAGGAACCCUACAUGACACCAAGGGAUUUCCUCUUCUCAAUCAUGCUGGAGAAUGUUGACCGUAAAUUACAAAAGAAAGCUCUAACCAAAAAGGAGGUGGAUAAGAUGCUGGAUGCUGCCUCACGGGUCCAGGCAGGCAACAGUCUGUUCAGAAACUUCGGAGACGAUGGUCUGAUAUCCUACACAGAGUACCUGUUCCUGUUGACUAUUCUGACCAAGCCACACACAGGAUUUCAUAUAGCUUUCAAAAUGCUUGAUAUUGAUGGCAAUGAGCAUGUGGACAGAAAGGAGUUUCUCAAGCUCAAGAAAAUCAUUGGGAAAAGAAAAGAGAAAGUGCCUAAGAAAGGUGACACAGACGUGAAACCAAUCGCAGAGGGGGAGGAUGUGAACACUACACUGCAGGCCUUCUUCUUUGGCAGGAAUGGUGAAAACAAGCUUCAGUACAAGGGAUUUUGCAGGUUCAUGGAGGACCUGCAGGAGGAGGUGCAGGAGAUGGAGUUCCUGCAGUUCUCCAAGGGUAUGGACACCAUGCGGCGGGAGGACUUUGCCGAGUGGCUGCUGCACUACACCAACGAGGAAACCAACGAGGCCUACUGGGAGAACAUGAGGAAGAGGAUCCCCGCGGGCCAGAGCAUCACAUUUGAUGAGUUCAAAGCAUUCUGCCUCUUCACCAACAACCUGGAGGACUUUGCCUUCUCCGUGAAAAUGAUAAGUGAAGCCAACCGACCUAUCGGAAUGGUCCAAUUUAGGCGAGCUGUGAAGAUUGCCACAGGGCACGACCUCUCGGAGAACGUGCUAGACACUGUGUUCAAGAUCUUUGACCUGGACGGCGAUAACUGUCUGAGCCACAAGGAGUUUAUUGGAGUGAUGGAAGACAGAGUACUGCGCGGCUUGAAGGUGCAGCCCCAGCGUGGCAUCACAAAUUACUGGAAGUGUGUGAAGAGGGAGACCCUAAAGGGGGCCCAAGAGGCCCUCCGGGACACCGGAAGCCCUUUUUGAGGGGCUAGGCCAUUGGAUGGAGAAGCGCCUUACGAGUGGUCACUGGGUGACUCCAAUGUAAAGCAUUGAUGGCUGACCACUAGUUGACCAUAAUCACUGGAUAUUCGUCAGUGGAAUAUAAACAUGGUCCUAAUGAACCAAGGAACUAAAUGAAUAAGGAAUGACACCAAAUUCAGUGUUUUUCAGGCUUCCUUUUUGUUUGUAAAAAUAUUAUUGCAAUAUACAGUACAUAAUCUAUGGUGAGGUUUAUUCUAAUCCUAGAAAUUGGUUGUUGUGACGCUUGGUACCAGUCAUGUAAAUGUGAGCUCUUUUUACAUGUAUUGAAGGUCUCUUGGCACUUUUUAUACCCCAUUUCCCUCCAAAUGCAAGCGGUUUGUUUACAGGUAGAUGGUUUACUGUGGUAUCAUUUGAAAGUUCUAAACUGCAGAGUCAUAUAGGUGGAAAGAGUCAUGUUUGAAAUAUGUUUGUCUUUUAACACAUUGCUAAGUACAGUUGUGCUCUAAUAUAUUGACACCCUUGCACAAUUCACUUUAAUUUCUUCUAAAAUAAGUUGACAUUUAAAAAAACUUUGUGCACAUGUAUUUAAGAACUGCACAGGACCCCAAAAAAAAAUAAUAAUCUGAAAUGAAGAUUUUUCACUUCAAAGUAAAAAAGAUGGCGUGGACAAAAAUAUUCUGAAUUCCAAUUCAUUUGGUUGAAAGCAGGAGAUUCUUGUUUACGGUGUAAUUUCUCACCUGUGGUAAGUUGCAGGUGCUUACAGUGUACAAAGCCAUUCAAUACGUUUUGAAAACAGAACAUUCUGCACCAUUGCACUCCAUUGUAAAGUGCAAGGGUGCCAAUAUAUUAGAUCAUAGCUGUAUACCUUUUUUUGUAGAUUAAAUAAAUUGAGAAUUGCUGCA